AUGACUCUCCCUCCUGGUUUAUCUAGUUACGGUGAAUCUAAGGUGUGCAAACUGCAGAAGUCUUUAUAUGGCCUCAAACAGGACAGCAUGCAAUGGUACUCCAAACUAUCCACCUUCCUCAUCUCUCUUGGAUACACACAAUCCCUGGCUGACCAUUCACUUUAUGUUAAGAAGGUCAAACAUGAAUUCACUGCACUACUUGUUUAUGUAGAUGAUGUGGUAUUGGCAGGUAAUUCUUUGUCUGAGAUUCAACAAGUCAAACAUCUCUUGAAUCAAAAAUUUCGUAUUAAAGAACUUGGUCAGCUACGUUUCUUUUUAGGAUUUGAGAUUUCUAGAUCUCCUACUGGCAUUUUUCUUAAUCAAAUAAAAUAUGCUCUUGAACUCUUGGAGGAUGCUGGUCUCUUGGCAGCAAAACCCUCUGCAGUUCCCUUCAACCCAACCCUGAAACUGUCAGCUGAUGAAGGCAAUGUUUUGGAGGAUCCUUCUCUAUAUAGAAGGUUAAUUGGAAGGUUGAUUUAUCUCACCAACUCACGCUCUGACAUUGCAUUUGCAGUACAACAUAUGAGUCAAUAUGUAUCCAAGCCAUGUGCUCCUCAUUAUCAGGCUGCCAUUCAAAUUCUCAAGUACCUCAAGUCUGUCCCAGCUAAAGGCAUUUUCUUUUCCUCCAACAACAAAUUACAGCUUUUUGGCUUUGCUGAUUCUGACUGGGCUAGAUGCCAUGAUACCAGGAAAUCAGUUAUUGGGUACUGUGUAAUGUUAGGCUUCUCUUUACUAUGCUGGAAAUCCAAAAAGCAACACACAGUUUCUCGUUCUUCCACUGAGGCUGAGUAUCGUGCGUUAGCUUCUAUAACUUAUGAAUUACAAUGUUACAUUUCCUGUUUCGAGGUUUCCUAG